UCCCCGAGGGGCUCGGCAGCGGCGAUGCCCAGGCGCAGCAUCGCCGAGGUGAAGGUGCUGGACGUGCAGAAGCGGCGCAUCCCCAACAAGCACUAUGUGUACAUCAUCAAGGUCACCUGGUCCAAUGGAGCCACCGAGGUCAUUUACAGACGGUACAGCAAGUUCUUCGACCUGCAGAUGCAGAUGCUGGACAAGUUCCCCAUGGAAGGAGGCCAGAAGGACCCCAAGCAGAGGAUCAUCCCCUUUCUGCCAGGGAAGAUUCUCUUCCGCCGGAGCCACAUCCGCGACGUGGCGGUGAAACGGCUGAUCCCCAUCGAUGAGUACUGCAAGGCUCUGAUCCAGCUGCCCCCCUACAUCUCCCAGUGUGAGGAGGUGCUGCAGUUCUUCGAGACACGGCCCGACGACCUGAGCCCCCCCAAAGAGGAGCCCAUUGGGAAGAAGAGGUCUGGAGCUGACUGUGCCUCGGCUGAGCCGCUGGUGCUGGAGCAGUAUGUCGUGGUGGCCGACUACCAGAAGCAGGAGAGCUCGGAGAUCAGCCUGAGCGUGGGCCAGGUGGUGGAUAUCAUUGAGAAGAACGAAUCAGGCUGGUGGUUUGUGAGCACGCUGGAGGAGCAAGGCUGGGUGCCAGCCACCUGCCUGGAGGCCCAGGAUGGAGUCCAGGAUGAGUUCUCAAUGCAGCCUGAUGAAGUGCCAUGGAGGUACUGGUCCCUGCCCAGGCACCUCGGCCGCCGCCGCACCCUCGGGGACUUGUACACCCCUGGAUGGGCUCAAGAGGAGAAGUACACGGUGAUUUACCCCUACACUGCAAGAGACCAGGAUGAGAUGAACCUGGACAAAGGGGCCGUGGUGGUGGUGACCCAGAAGAACCUGGAGGGCUGGUGGAAAAUCAGGUACCAGGGCCAGGAGGGCUGGGCCCCUGCCUCCUACCUCAGGAAGGGCAAUGGAGAUGGCUUCGCACCCAAGCUGGGCUCCUCGGCUCACUCCAGUGCCCUGGAGCUGGAUGGCAUCUCCAGGCAGCAGCUGCUGGCCAGCAGGGACAAGGACGGGCUGGGGGGCCAGAGGGACAGCAGGCUGGAGAGCCGGGCCCUGCCCAGCGCCGACAUCCGCCGCAAGUCCCCAAAGAUGAGGCAGAGGCCACCUCCUCGCCGAGACCUCACCAUACCCCGUGGUCUGAACCUGCCCAAGCCUCCUGUCCCCCCUCAAGUGGAAGAGGAAUAUUACACCAUUGCUGACUUCCAGACCACCAUCCCUGAUGGCAUCAGCUUCCAGGCAGGAAUGAAAGUAGAGGUUAUUGAGAAGAACCUGAGUGGCUGGUGGUACAUCCAGAUCGAGGAGAAGGAGGGCUGGGCCCCUGCCACCUUCAUUGACAAGUACAAGAAAACCAGCAACGCCUCCAGGCCCAAUUUCCUGGCUCCCCUUCCCAACGAGAUGGCACAGCUGCGGCUCGGUGACACCGAUGGCAGCAGCGCCAGCGAGGAGGUGACAGGGCCCUGCCGACCCCUGCCAGAGGCUCCUCCCAACGGCAUGGACUGCACUGGCAGGUGGGGCAAGGACUGGAAGGGGAAGGAGGCUCCUGACAGCGGGGACCUGUCCUUUGCCGGGGGCUACGAGGAGAUCUCGGACCGCGACACGGAGGAGAAGCCCAGCCUCCCACCCAGGAAGGAGUCCAUCAUCAAAUCAGAAGGAGAGUUACUAGAGAGGCAGAGGCCUCCCCCCAAGCCCCCAGGCAUGAUUUUGCCCAUGAUCCCACCCAAGCAGUCGGCAGCCCCGAAGGACAGCAAGAAGCCGGAGCUCAAAGCGGAGAAGGCCAAACUCUUCCAGCUGAAGAAUGAAAUGGGGCUGGAGUGUGGACACAAGGUGUCGGCCAAGGAGGUGAAGAAGCCAAACCUCCGGCCCAUUGUCAAGCCAACCAAGCCAAAAGCUGAGCCCGUGGAGGACAAACCUGAGCCCAUCACCCAGAACCUGUUCUUGAAGUCAAGACCUCAGAUCAGGCCGAAACCCGCCGCGUCCCCCCGGCCUGAGCCACCCCCAGCCGAUGACAGACUGGACAUUUGCAGCCUGCGGAGCAAGCUGAGACCUGCCAAGUGCCCAGAGAAGCCCUCAGAGCAGGACCCUGCUGCUGGGGAAAGCUCCUUCAGCAAUGCCAUGCUCUCCUCAGAGCCUUGCGGGCGCUUUCCGGAGCGGCCGGGCACGGAGAGCAAAGCCCUUCCCAAGCUGGACAUUGCCCCCAAAGAGGCACUGCCCAAACCUCCCCUGGGCCCAGCCAGCCCCCCGUGUGCCAGGGACGCCCCUCAGCGCCCAGUGGUGCCCCCUCGCAGGCCUCCCCCUCCCAAGAAGAUGGGGGCUCCUGCGGCCAUGCCCGCCGAGCCCAGGGCCCCCUCACGGGAGGCUCCCGAGGCCAGGCCCUCAGCAGUGCCAGGCAGGCCCAUGCUGGUCCCUCCCAAAGCCAAGCCCUUCCUCGCUGCCUGCAUGCAGGACGAAGCCAAAGCCAGGAGCAGUAUAAACCCAAAGGUCAUCUCCAAACCCGUGGAGAGAGGGGAGGCCAGGGAGAGGCCCUCAGCCGCCAUGUCCGGGCCCGACGUCUCCAGGGAAGCUCUGUACGUGGCAGUGGCGGAUUUUGAAGGUGACGAGGAGACCAACAGCUUCAGAGAAGGGACUUUGUUUGAAGUUCGUGAGAAGAACAGCAGUGGCUGGUGGUUCUGCAGGGUCCUGGCUGGGGGGCCGUGCUGGGAGGGCUGGAUCCCUUCCAACUACCUGCGGAAGAAGCCGUAGCUGCUCCACGGCUGGAGGCUCCCUGGUCUCUCACCUGAGUAUUUAAUGAGCAGAUUAAUUUAUAGUUUUCUGUAAGGCUGGCUUUAAAAGAGAAGAUAAUAAUUGGAGAUCCCACGCCUCCCAGCUGGAGGAAGCAGCUCAGCCUCCUCUCCUCACCCCUGUGCUCCCUGUACCCAUCCUCCUCCUCACAUUCCCCAAAGGACUCGGCUCCCGUGGUUCUCUGUGCUGGGGAGAUGGACCUUGAGUGACAUUUUGCCACCUCUGUGGUGAACUGGAGAGAAAUCCAGCAGCAGCCAGGUGGAAUGGAACCAAUGCAAGGAAUCACAGCAGGAUUUGCCUUUCCCUGAAGC